GUCGAAGAUCGUGCAUAUGACGAGUCUCGUGGAGCACUUGAAGAUUCUGAUGAACUAAAUGAGCGAUAUCUGUACUUGAUUGCAAGAAAAAUAGAACCAGACAAGUACUUUGACAUGGGUUUGUUACUUGGCCUGGAAUAUUCUGAAAUCGAAUCCAUUAAAACAAGCAACCCACACAGUUCUAGCCAAUGGGUGUUCCUCGUAUUAAACAAAUGGAGACAAAGGCAGGAGAUGGAUGCUGACAAAAUACAAAUUCUUGCAGUUGCACUUCAGGAGAUAGGAAAGGUUGAUCUUGCAAAUAAAGUCAGGGCAGCCAAAGGGACAUCCAGUAAGUCAAUAGUUGCAGCUAUAGCGGCCACUUCUCGUUCGAUGUCUCGAUGUGACGAACUGUUGAUAACCCCGAGUAAUGGAAUUGCUCCAAUUUCAUUCAAUAUACCACACAUAUUGAAAUCACAACGAAGGACAAAGGGAUGGGCAUUACUGUAUGUCCUUUGUCAAGAGCCACAAGUACAGUUCAACAAGAUAUCAGUAUCGAGCAAGAGGCUUUUAAAACUGCAUCGGACCCCACAUUUAAACAACCAUUGGAAGACUUUCUAUUGCAAAAAGGAGUUGAACAUAAAGAUAGCGCUCAAGGUUCACUUGUGAUGAAAGUGAAAGUAGUUGAUCAGCAGAAAGCAGCAAAAUUGAUCGAAGACUUCCACACUGGCUCAUUGACACUGACUUUGGUUGAGCUAUUGAUUCCAGAAGAUACGAGGGAGAAAUAUAUCGGAACAUCUUUCACGGUGAAAUUAACCUUAGACGAGGGAUUUGUUCGUGAUUGC